GUCGGCUGGUAUGCGGGAGUGUGUGGCGGGUCGCAGAAACGUCAGAGAACGCAAAAAGCUCUCGCACUCAGUGAUAAAACUAGAAUCACAGGUUGACAGAUGGAGGGUAAUUUGCCUCGUCCUCCUCCCCCAGUUGUGGGCAAAGUGACCCACCAUAACAUAGAGCUGUACUGGGAAGAAGCCCUGUCCAAACUCAACCAGAACAUCAAGAAGGGGGACAGACGUGUGCGUGUCUGUAUACAGGAACAAGACACUCACAACCAAUGGGGAAAUGUGUACACAGGUUAUGGCAAGCGGACGAUCAUCAACAGUUUGGAGCCUAGUACAGAGUACAAAUACAGGAUGAGGUUCAUGAAUGACGCUGGGAACAGCGAGUGGAGUGCUCAUGUGACCGUCUCUACCACCAAGGAGCCUCUGACUGGGGAACAUCUUCACAGAGCUAUAAUGAGACUGGACUUGGAGGAGUUAGAGAGGAUUCUGGAAACAGGAGAUGUAUACAUUGAUACUCCAGAUAAGCUAGGGUUCUCUCCCUUGAUGCAGGCUGCGCAGAAGGGAUACCUUGAAAUUCUUGAGAAGUUGCUAUCCUUCGGGGCAGAUGUUCAUCUGAAGAAUGAUGCUGGUAAAACAAGUUUAAUGCUGGCCUGUUUUGCUGGCCAGCUGGACUCAGUGAAGAUACUACGUUCUAAUGGGGCAAACUAUGAGGACUUUGACCGCGGGGGCUCUGCGCCUCUCCACUGGGCAGUUGAUGGACAGAACGAUAAACUGGUGGAGUGGAUGAUUAAAGAUGGUGCAGAGGUGGAUAUCAGGGACCAGAACUCUGGCUGGACUCCGCUGUUACGAUGUGCCUCAGUGACGGGUAACUACGACGUGGCAUCAGUCCUUCUGAUGUACGGAGCUGACAUCAACGCUCAAGACAAUGACCGGAAAACACCACUCAUGAUUGCAAUCCUCAACGGCCACUUCCCCCUGGUGGAACUUCUGUUGAAGAGGAAUGCCGACAUAAGUCGCACUAAUGAGUUUGGCAAGACUGCCUUUGAAAUGGCCCUGACAAUGGAUAAGCGUAGGAUCAUCAAAACAAUAGAGGAGCAUUGUGACAGAAAAGGAAUCAAGAUCCCUAUCCAUUGAUUAUGUGAGGAGAUGGGCAGGUUUGUUGUUUCAUGCCACUGUUGAGAAAGGUGUCUCUUGGCAUUUGACAACACUGGUGUCAGGAGAGUCCGAAAUUCAGCUUCUCCUUUAUAUUUAUGUAUUAAGGUCAGGUUUUCAAAAUUCUUAGGCGAUCGAAAUGUAAAUAAAGAAACCACUUUUUAGGUCAGAUGUGGCUGGAAAAUUACCAAUCAAGGAAGUGUACGAACACAUUCAUUUCUUUGUUGGAAAAAUACUUGAAAGGCUAAAACUGAAAUGCCAAUGUGUUGAGGAUAGAAACCAAAGUACAGUAUUUGUCCUUGGAGGAUGAAAUGUUGUUGAUAGAAUGUAAAUUUGUUGUAUGUAAUUUAUUCAUUCAGGAUUUCAGAGCACUGUAACUAAGGCACUGCUACUUGUGUCUACCUGUAACUAAGGCACUACCACUCGUGUCUGCCUGUGUCCUCUUAAUUUCUCUGACCAUUGCAGGUAGACAUAAUUGCAUAGUUUGAUGUAUUUUGUAUUUGUGUACAUGAUUCAUACACAUACCUUUAGGAGAGAAGGAAGGAAGAACAGGAGAGCAUGUCUUCUCUACCUCAGAGAAUUUUUGCCAUUCGACUAGAACAGCCAUUUUUUAUGCCAUGUGUGUGGUGGGUCGGGGGGUGAUAGUAGGGGCAGAAACUAGUGCAGAAAGAGAAGUAUUUACAUUUAUAUACACUGCAAGUCAGAAAACUUAACAUUCUUCUCCAUUUAACACUGGGCAGUUUUCAGUGGGAUAUUUUGUCUUGUUAUGCAGCUAUGGUCUGUGAUGAUUAUUUUUUAUGCAUGCCUUGGUUACUUAAUUUUUAUAUGUUUGUGUUGUUUUUUUCUUCUUCAUGUGCCAUUAUAUUUUCAUUCUUGUUUACUUUUUCUGAGUACAUUCCUGAUAUGUUUCACGUCAGGAUGCGUUUUUGAGACAAAUAUAACAUUAUGUGUGUCCUUUAGAAAUUAUUUUAGUAGUACCAUUUUUUACUCUCUGUAUGUGAUUUGUCUUUUUGAAUGAUGGGUGUUCCACUACAGGAGUGUUGUCCAUAUCACAACACAGUAAUGUAUAACAUAUACCAAAUCCCAUUCAGUGCUCACCACUGAAGGCUGUAAAUUCUGCUGCAGUGUGUAAUUCCCUUGACGAGCUGCUGUCUAACUAUUAACAUAAAAGUUUAGAAUGAUAAUAUUUGGAUCUAGUUUUGACAGUAUUUCCAUUGCUAGAGAUUCAAGGUAUUUGUGUGUGUAAAAUUCUGUGGAAAUCAGUGUAAGUCUGGGAUGACAAUAACACUGACAAGCAAAGUAAGACUUACACUGUAGUAUACCACUGUUACCAUAGUCUUGACUACGACUGUAUUUUGAAAGUUUGGGGCUCGCAGGUUGCUGAAAGGCCUAUCAUUUUACACUGUACUCACCAGUUUCUAACAGUUAUCAGAAGAUAAAUCAUUCUCCCUCCUUUCGUUUGUGUCAGCAAAACACACAGUGAAAUUUUAUGAUGGGUUGUGACGUUAAAUAUGCAUCCAAAAUAAAUAUUAAUCAAAUAAUAAUCACUGUUGUCCAUACUAAUCAAGUGUAAAUUGACAGGUCUUCCCGCGAUCUGUUACCCUUAAUGCCACCAACUUGUGAAAUCCACCAAGCCCUUCAGUAGGGCUUUACAGAUGAGAUCAUUUCAAAAUGUGUAAAACUGUUAAAUCACAAUUUAAGGUUUGCACAGCUCACGUCAGAAAACUUCAGUUUUAGAAGGAUAUGUUGGAAAUGGUACAUGUAUUGCUGUUCACAUUAGUACUGGGACGAAAGUACCUCCAUGUUUCAAUUCCAGAGUGUACACACAUGUACGACCUGAAUUUACUGUGCAUAGUGUAUUUUUCCUGACACAGUGUACGUUUGUUACAGUGAUCGGUACAAGCUGAUAAUCCAUCUGUUGUUGUUGUUGUUGUUUACGGUCUUUGAUACUGAAACUCUUAGAUGACAGAAUGUUUGCUGAAAUUUCAAGUUGUAGGUGCAAUAAAGAUUUCCGUCCAUACA